AAGGGUUUGAGUGUGGGAUUAAGUAGAGCUUCUUUCUAGUUAUAUCCUUAUCAGCUUUCAAAGAUGGCAGGAAUCGCCUUUGGUCGCUUCGAUGAUUCCUUCAGUUUGGGGUCUGUCAAGGCCUACCUUGCUGAGUUUAUCUCAACUUUGGUGUUUGUUUUCGCCGGCGUUGGCUCUGCCAUUGCUUACAACAAGUUGACAACUGAUGCAGCCCUAGAUCCCGAUGGGCUAGUCGCCAUUGCUGUUUGCCACGGAUUUGCUCUCUUUGUUGCAGUGGCUAUCGGUGCCAACAUCUCAGGUGGCCAUGUCAACCCUGCAGUAACUUUUGGGUUAGCUCUUGGUGGCCAAAUCACCAUACUCACUGGCAUCUUUUACUGGAUUGCCCAACUUCUUGGAUCCAUUGUUGCUUGCUUCUUGCUCAAGGCUGUCACUGGUGGUUUGACAGUUCCUAUCCACGGUCUUGGAGCUGGAGUUGGAGCUAUUCAAGGAGUGGUGAUGGAGAUCAUCAUCACAUUUGCAUUGGUUUACACAGUGUAUGCAACCGCAGCUGACCCAAAGAAGGGAUCACUCGGGACCAUUGCACCCAUUGCCAUUGGCUUCAUUGUUGGUGCCAACAUCUUGGCCGCUGGUCCAUUCUCUGGUGGAUCCAUGAACCCAGCUCGCUCCUUCGGACCAGCAGUGGCUAGUGGCGACUUCAACGGCAUAUGGAUCUACUGGGUGGGACCACUGAUCGGUGGUGGAUUGGCUGGUCUCAUCUAUGGAAAUGUGUUCAUGAACUCUGACCAUGCACCAUUGUCCAAUGACUUUUAAUCAAGUUAUUCUCAGGACAGUCUAAUUUGCUUAAUUUGAUCUUUUAAUCCAUUGCUUAGUGUAAUAAAAUGGCACUUCUUGUUGUUCUUUCCUCUUUUAGCUUUGGGUUUGGUUUUGUUUUGUUAUUGUUUGUAAAGUUAUUGUCGCCAAUCGUUGCUAUUGUGGAAAUGGAUAAGGUGGUUUUUUUAUUUA